ACCAAUGGCCGUUUCCCAAGGCCAUCGAUCGGCAUCGGCCAAGCUGAAUGAAGCCAGGUUGCUUCUGGUUCAGGCGUCCUGCUCACAGCAUCUAGUACCCGGCUUUUAAAUACCGUGGCGUGCAGAGCUCGUGUUACUGCUCCUCCGGUUGCCUUGGAACUCUUGUGUUCGUGCGCUCGUUCACCAGUCAUCGUGUCGAGGAGGCAAAAACAGAUCUUGUUUGCAGACACCUGCAAAGUCUCUCCGGAAAGGAUCUGAAACUCUCAAGUAUGGCGGCGGCGGCGGCGGCUCCAGCAAUGUGCUCCGUUCCCGCACCGCCGGGCGCGAUGCGGUGCCGGGCCUUCUCCCCGCUGACCAAGACCGGCGCUGCUGCCCCGUGCAUCGCGUCCCCGGCGCGGCCGCCGGGCCUCCCGGCGCGCGCGCGGGUCGUCUUGAGCCGGUUCAGGGCGUCGGCGGCCGCGCACAAGGUGAAGCUGGUCGGGCCGGACGGGUCGGAGAGCGAGCUGGAGGUGCCCGAGGACACCUACAUCCUGGACGCCGCCGAGGGCGCCGGGCUGGAGCUGCCCUUCUCGUGCCGCGCCGGGUCGUGCUCGACGUGCGCGGGGAAGCUGGCGUCCGGGGAGGUGGACCAGUCGGAGGGCUCGUUCCUGGACGACGCGCAGAUGGCCGAGGGCUACGUGCUCACCUGCGUCGCCUACCCCAAGGCCGACUGCGUCAUCUACACCCACAAGGAGGAGGAGGUGCACUAGACAGAUUGGUCGUGGGACUGGUGGUGCUGCGAGUCCCGUGGUAGUGCGUACGUGGUUGAACAUCUUGCGUUCAGAGGGAUUAUGAGGUUCUUCAGCUGUGUCUAUGAUCAGUGUGUUUGCUGAACGUUAGUACCUUACUAUGUACGCUAUCUGUUCAUACGUGAUCACUGCAAGAUGGAUGCAGCAAAAGAAAAGUUCAGAAUUUGCUUGUGUGUGUUUGCUACCAGCACGGAUCAAUGGAGGUUUGCUUCCCUAAAUUGUUUGACAGACGGGCCUUUCUGGGCCCGGGAAGCAUCUACUA